AUAGACUGUUCGUCUAAGACCAUUUCGCGCCAAAAAUGAAAAGAUUUUCGUCGCCAGUGUAGUUCAUAUCAGAUUCUUUGCAGCGUCGUCGAAUUUACCUCAAAAUGGUGCUGCAAAACAGCGGCAGAUAUGUCGCUGAGAAGGAUGGAGGGUCCAGUUAUUCCAGGGGCGAUGAGUCAGACAAGCGACUGGAGCGUUCCAUCCAGAGUACAGAGAUGGAUUCUCGCUUCGGGUUCGACUGUUACAAGGAACCCACGGAGUGCGUGGGAUGGCUCAUUAACAUGCAUCCGGCCGACGUCCUGGAUGAGAACAAGCGACUGGUCAGUGCUGUCGACUACUACUUCAUUCAGGACGACGGCAGCAGGUUCAAGGUUUCCUACCCCUUCAAGCCAUACUUCUACAUCGCUGUGAGGAAGGAUAGUGAGAGGGAAGUGUCUUCCUUCCUGACUAAGAAGUUUGGAGGUGUCAUCUCUAAAGUGGAGACAACACCAAAGGAGGAUCUUGAUCUGGCUAACCACUUGGUGGGACUGAAGAGGAACUACCUGAAACUCUCCUUCCCAUCUGUGAACGAACUCAUGAAGGUGAAGCGGGAGAUUUUUCCUGCCGUCAGGAAGAACAAAGAGAGAGACAAGGCUAACGAUGCUUACACACAGAUGCUGGCCAGCACAUUUGGAGGUGAGGAGGAGAGAGGAUCCACAUCGAAGAGGAUCGCAGACCAGAUGGAGAACAUCAUCGACAUCCGGGAGUACGACGUGCCGUACCACGUCCGCGUGGCCAUCGACAUGAAGAUACACGUGGGCCACUGGUACUCGGUGCGCGGCCGAGGUGCACUGCCUCCAGAAAUCACUAGGAGAGACGACCUGCUGGACAGACCCGAUCCUAUUGUGUUUGCGUUUGACAUUGAGACGACCAAACUGCCGCUGAAGUUUCCGGACGCAGACUCAGACCAGAUCAUGAUGAUUUCCUACAUGAUUGAUGGACAGGGCUACCUGAUCACAAACAGGGAGAUAGUAUCAGAAGAUGUGGAUGAUUUUGAGUACACGCCCAAGCCUGAGUACGAGGGGCCCUUCAUCAUUUUCAAUGAAGCAGAUGAGAUUCACACCAUCCAGAGGUUCUUUGAACACAUCCAGGAGGUACGGCCCAACAUCAUCGCAACCUUCAACGGAGACCUGUUCGACUGGCCUUUUGUAGAGGCCAGAGCUGCGUUCCACGGUAUAGACAUGUUUCAGGAAAUUGGAUUCCAGAAGGACAACCAAGGAGAGUACAAGUGUAGGCACAUCAUUCACAUGGAUGCCUUUAGAUGGGUGAAGAGAGACAGCUACCUGCCAGUGGGGAGUCAGAACCUGAAGGCCACCACCAAGGCCAAGCUGAGGUACGACCCUGUCGAACUUGACCCUGAGGAGAUGUGUCGCAUGGCCAACGAGCAGCCUCAGGUUCUGGCGAACUACUCUGUGUCGGAUGCUGUGGCCACAUACUACCUGUACAUGAAGUACGUUCAUCCCUUCAUCUUUGCUCUCUGCACCAUCAUCCCCAUGGAACCUGAUGAGGUGUUAAGAAAAGGCUCCGGCACGCUAUGCGAAGCUUUACUAAUGGUCCAAGCCUUCCACGCCAACAUCGUGUUCCCCAACAAACAAGAGGCCGUCUUCAACAAGCUUACGGGCGACGGCCACGUGCUGGACUCGGAAACGUACGUGGGAGGCCACGUGGAGUCUCUGGAGGCUGGGGUCUUCAGGGCUGACCUCCCCUGCAGGUUCAGAAUGGUUCCUGAAGCCUUCCAACAGCUGAUGGAUAAGGUGGAACGUACCAUGAAGUUCAGCAUCGAGGAGGAGGAGGGCAUCCCUGUGGACCAGGUCACCAACUUCGAGGAGGUGUGUAACGACAUCAGGCGGAAGCUGGCAGAACUACGCGACACGCCCUCGCGACUGGAGAACCCCAUCAUUUACCAUCUUGACGUCGGCGCCAUGUACCCCAACAUUAUUUUAACUAAUAGGUUACAGCCGUCAGCCAUGGUUGACGAGGUGACCUGUGCGGCCUGUGACUUCAACAAGCCCGGCGCGACCUGCCAGCGCAGGAUGCAGUGGACUUGGAGGGGAGAGUACAUGCCCGCCAGUCGGAACGAGUACCAUCGCAUCCAGCAGCAGUUGGAACACGAGCAGUUCCCGCCGUUCAAACCCGGCGGCCGUCCGCGGGCGUUCCACGAGCUCAACAAGGAGGAACAAGCGACCGCGGAGAAGAAACGCCUGGCAGACUACUGCAAGAAGGCCUACAAGAAGGUUCAUGUCACCAGAGUGGAGGAACGCGAGACUACCAUUUGCCAACGGGAGAACUCCUUCUACGUAGAUACGGUACGGGCGUUCCGUGACCGGAGAUACGAGUUCAAGGGACUCCUUAAGGUGUGGAAGAAGAAGGUGGCGGAGGCCCUUAAGAAGGGAGAAGCUGCCGACAUCAAGAGAGCCAAGGGAAUGGAGAUCCUGUACGACUCCUUACAGCUGGCUCACAAGUGUAUUCUCAACUCCUUCUACGGAUACGUCAUGAGGAAGGGUGCGCGCUGGUACUCCAUGGAGAUGGCCGGUAUCGUGUGUCUGACGGGAGCCCGGAUCAUCACCCAGGCCAGGGAACUUGUGGAGCAGAUCGGACGCCCGCUGGAGUUGGACACAGACGGCAUCUGGUGCAUCCUGCCCGCCAGUUUCCCUGAGAAUUACGUCAUCCACACCACCAACACCAAGAAACCCAAAGUCACCAUCUCCUACCCGGGGGCCAUGCUCAACAUACAGGUCAAGGACGACUUCACCAACCAUCAGUACCAGGAGCUGGUCAACCCUUCGACUCUCCAGUAUGAGCAGAGGAGUGAGAACUCCAUCUUCUUCGAAGUGGACGGGCCGUACCUGGCCAUGGUGCUGCCAGCAUCCAAGGAAGAGGGCAAGAAGCUGAAGAAGAGGUACGCCGUGUUUAACUUUGACGGCACGCUUGCCGAACUGAAAGGGUUUGAGGUGAAGCGGCGUGGCGAACUGCAGCUGAUCAAGAUUUUCCAGUCGUCCGUGUUUGAGUCGUUCCUGAAGGGAUCGACGCUGGACGAUUGUUACGCGUCUGUUGCCACGGUAGCAGACUACUGGCUGGACGUGUUGUUCAGCAAGGCCUGUGACAUGCCUGAUGAGGAGCUGUUUAACCUGAUCUCGGAGAACCGCAGCAUGUCCAGAAAACUGGAGGAUUACGGGGAGCAGAAGUCAACCUCCAUCAGCACGGCUAAGAGGCUGGCAGAGUUCCUGGGAGACCAGAUGGUGAAGGACAAGGGCCUGAGCUGCAGGUUCAUCAUCUCCAGAAAACCUGAGGGUGCUCCGGUCACUGAGAGAGCCAUCCCACUGGCCAUCUUCCAGGCCGAGCCCAGCGUGAAGAAACACUACCUCAAGAAGUGGCUCAAGUCCAACUCCAUCACAGACUUCGACAUCAGAAAUAUCCUGGACUGGGGGUACUACAUCGAGAGGUUAGGAAACACCAUACAGAAGAUCAUCACCAUCCCAGCAGCUCUGCAACAGGUGAAGAACCCAGUGCCGAGAGUCGCCCAUCCUGAUUGGCUCCACAAGAAACUGCUGGAGAAGAACGACGUCUUCAAGCAGCAGAGAAUCAGUGAGAUGUUCGCUCCCCUCCCCAAGAAAAGGGUACAGGAGGAGGACACUCCGCUUGAGGAUGGUGACAACAGCAACGAUGGCAGAAGUAACGACAUAGCGGACAUGGAAGACAUGGCGGGUCCCAGGACAGCGACCAACGGCCUGACGGUCGCCGUGUCGAACAAGCGGAAACGUGACAGCGGGGAAGAUAGGGUCGGCCAAUCGCAGGAGGAUCUUGAGCUGACGCAGUCGUGGAGAGAGAUCCUCGGGCCUCCACCGCCUCUUGGGAACACUAAGGAAGAGAAGCUGAAGUGGCUGGACUACCACAAGAGAAAAUGGAAGCUGCAGGCGAAGCAGCGCGACGCCAGGAAGCGACAGGACAAACGCCGUCGCCUAGACGACGGGGAGACGUCGGGCGCGGUCAUCAGGAGCAGGCCGGCCACCGGGCUCGGCGGGUUUCUCCGCAAAACGGCGCGCUCCAUGAUGGACAUGCCCUGGCAGAUCGUACAGAUAAUGGAGACGGCCGCGCCUGGCCAGUUCAAACUCUGGGCCCUGAUCGGCAGCGACCUUCACGGAAUCCGGCUCAACGUGCCGCGGAUUUUCUACGUGAACCAGCGCGUGCCGAAGGAAGAUAGCGAGGGUGGGGUGUGGAGAAAGGCCAACCGAACCCUACCCAGGUCCAACCCUGUCUACAACUUGUACGAGUACUCUGUCCCUGAAGAAACUUACAGGGAGCACAUGAACGAGAUCACAGCCGACCUGUCCGCACCUGAAGUGGAGGGAGUCUAUGAGACCCAGGUGCCGCUGACCUUCCGAGCUCUAGUCAGGCUGGGUUGCAUUGCUAUGGUCAACAGGCAGUACGCCAGAUACCUGAGGGACCGAGACAUGGACAACUUUGACCUUGAGCACCUGGAGUUCAAGACGGUUGCCCAGGUUGGGACGUACCUGCCGCCCGGGUGCAUGCGGCAUGUCUUCCUGUACCACAACAUGUCCAACCAGAAGGCCAUGUUCGGAGUGUUUUUCCCCAUGGCGGGCCGCGCUGCAGUGUUCGUGCUGGACACCGUCCGUAGCAACCAGAUGCCCAACCUGUCCGCAAUACUGCAAGCUGAAUGUAACGCCAGGCUUGCCAAGGGUACAGAGGAGGACUUGCUUCCCCUGUCAGAACACCAGUUUGAAGUGAAGUGUGAAACAGAUGCACAGAAGAUCUACAAGGCCAUACAGAGGAUGCUGAGAGCGUACAAGGAUGAGAAGCGUGGUCCCACCCUGAUGGCGGUCCAGUCCCCCCACAGCCUGCAGCACCUGGUGACAGCCAUGCCCGGGCUGGACGACUUUCCUCUGGUGGAGAUGCAUGCCACAGAGCCGGAGAAUCUGUUUGGGGUGUUGGACUGGCAAAGACAGGUUUCACGCAGAAUGCUCCAGCACUAUGUCUACAUGGAGACCCGUCUCCAGCACCUGACCGAGCUGGCUGCGUACUUCCACGUCCCCGUGGGUAACCUGCCCCAGGACACCAGCCUGUUUGGGGCUGACCUGUUCUUCGCUCGCCACCUGCAGAAGCACAACCACCUGCUCUGGUGCUCGCCAAACGAGAGGCCGGAUCUGGGUGGAAAAGAGGCGGACGAUAACAGACUUGUGACAGAGUUUGAAGACGUGACGAGUGUUGAGCUGAACAACCCUGGCUGUUACCACACGGUGUGUGUGGAGCUGGAGAUCUCCAACCUGGCUGUCAACACCAUCCUACAGUCCCAGCACAUCAAUGACAUGGAGGGCGGUGCCGGCUCCAGCAUCAGUUUUGACACCAUCCAGCAGCCUUUCCUGGAGGAGAUGAUUGCAGGACAGAACACACCAGGAGCGAACCUUGCCAGCUACGACGAGACAGCGCUGUGCUCCGGAACCUUCCGUAUCCUGAAGAGUAUGGUGUAUGGCUGGCUGCGUGACGUGACUCACUACAACAACGUGUACGCUGACUACCAGAUCAUGCAGUUCUACAGAUGGCUUGGAACACCGAGUGCGACCUUAUACGACCCGGCCCUGCGGCGGACCCUCCACACGAUGAUGAAGAAACUCUUCCUGCAGCUGGUCUCCGAGUUCAAGCGUCUCGGCUCCAUCGUGGUGUUCGCAAACUUCAACAAGAUCGUGGUGUGUACCAAGAAGAGGCGCGUGGAGGACGCACUGGCCUAUGUGGAGUACAUCACCAAUAGCAUCAGGUCCCGGGAGCUGUUCCAUGGAGUGGACAUCACCCCCCAGAAAUGCUGGGACAUUCUGAUGUGGCUGGAUCCGGCUAACCAUGGAGGGAUGAAGGUGGAAAUCCCCAAGUCUUUCCUACACGAGGAUGACGAUGGACAGAAUGAGAGAGAGGGACAGGAGAAGGAUGGAGAAGAUGCUGAAGAGGAAGAGGAGGAGGAGAACAGGGAUCAGGAAGAGGAAGGAGUGGACCUUGCCGAGGAGGAAGAUGAUGAUGAGCAGCCUGUUGAGAUGAACUGGAACCUGAUGUACUAUCUUCCCGAGGCUGCGGCCUGCCAGUACAACUUUAGCAUGGUGGUGGCAGGCUACAUCUCUAACUUACACAAACACAUGCAGGCUGAGAUGCGGAGAGCUAUGCCGGGGAACACUCCUGUUAGGAGGAGAGGAGGCAGCCAGAGCCAGACCCAGGUGGGCGACUCCUCCACGACCCCCAGUACUGUCCACUAUGCACAGGAGCUGGUGGCUGGGGAGAUGGCACAGAAACUGUACGGCAUCACUCAGAAAAUCCACAAGAAGAUAGCAGGAACGCGGAGUAGGACGGACCCAGCUGAAGAGUUCCCUAGUCUGCCGGGGUCCCACCUCCCACUCAACAACCCUGCACUGGAGUUCGUUAAGUCCAUCUGCAAGGUCCUUUCUCUGGACUCCAACAUCACGAACCAGGUGAACAAGCUGCGCCGAGACCUCCUGAAGCUGAUCGGAGUGGGAGACUUCUCCGAGCAAGCCGAGUUCAAGGAUCCUUCACUUUCCUACAUCCUUCCUGAAGUCAUCUGCAAGGUUUGCAACUAUUGCCGUGACAUAGACCUGUGCAAGGACCCCCUACUGGUUCAGGACGGAACUGCAGCCCCUGCCUGGCAGUGUUGCCACUGUGGGAGCCAGUAUGACGUAGAUGCCAUCGAACACUCGCUGGUCAGCUCCCUCCACAAGAAGUCCAUGGCCUUUGUGCUGCAGGACUUGCAGUGCCUGAAGUGCAAGGGAGUCAAAGACCUGAACCUUCCCAUUUACUGUAAGUGCGCAGGAGACUUCACCAACACCAUCGGGGUUCAGCAGUUCGCCGAGAAACUCCGAAUCUUUCGGAACAUCGCCCGGCACUACAGCAUGGCCGUGCUAGAGGAUACUGUGGAGUGGUUCGUACAGAUGAACCCUCAGAUGGAAACUUGAAGGAUGGCCAAUGGAGAAGUGGAGUUGUCGAUGAUAUAUAGCCCUUUCACAGAGAAAACGCAUGUGUGGUGACAGGAAUUCUACCUUAUAUGUCAAAGGUAAAGUCCCCGUAAAAGAAAACAGCCCUUGUCUCGACCAUUAUUUCAAUUUGCAUAAUAACGUCCAUACAGGUUUUGUCUUCUUUACAGGGCCUUUGCCUUAUAUUACCUAGAAUUCCUGUUGCCGCAAAUACAUUCUGAUCUCUGUGAGAGGGCAUAUUACAUAAAGGAUUAUAGGGAUAAAUCCUUGAAAUAUCGUAAAAUGGGUGAAAAUGUCCAAUUCAA